UACUGCACUGGUGUGUGGACGGCUACCUGCUCGUCCUUCACCAGCGAUAAGCUGUCUCUAGUUUUCCCGUCAGAGCCGCGUCACCUGCCGUCGAUCAAGAUCGCAACGGAUAUAAAUAUAACAGCAUCCAACAGCACCCUGUAGCAUGCGCUCUUCCGCCGUCUCCCCCUGUCCCGCUGUUCUCCCCUCCCACCGCUGGCCGCGCCUGCCGCCAGCCCGUCGCCUUCCGGCGAUCCUCCGGCCGCUGGUUCCGGCGAGGUCCCUUUUGGCGGUGAGAAAGAUCUCCCUCCUCGCUCCGAAACCCCUCCGACCCUGCCGGAGACCGAUCUCGGCCAUGGCGUCCGAAGCCAUCUCCACAACCGCGGUGGCGAAGGGGAAGCAGGAGCUUCUGGUCUUCGAGAGCGAGGAGGAGCUCGCCGUGUCUCUGGCGAAGUACACGGCGGAGCUGUCGGAGAAGUUCGCCCGGGAGAGAGGGGCCUUCACCGUCGUCCUUUCCGGUGGGUCUCUCAUCAAAUCCCUCAGGAAAUUGGUUGAGCCUCCGUAUCUGGAAUCGGUGGAUUGGACAAAGUGGCAUGUCUUCUGGGUGGAUGAGAGGGUGGUGCCGAAGGACCAUGCUGAUAGCAACUAUAAACUAGCUUACGAUGGGUUUCUUUGUAAGGUCCCAAUUCCACCAGGUCAGGUUUAUGCUAUCAAUGACUCCUUAUCAGCUGAGGGUGCUGCUGGUGACUACGAGACCUGUCUGAAGCAACUGGUUAAGACGGGGGUAGUUGCAGUAUCCUCAACAACUGGGUUUCCGAAAUUUGAUCUCAUGUUGUUGGGGAUGGGCCCUGAUGGUCAUGUAGCUUCUCUUUUUCCGGGGCACCCUCUUCUUAAUGAGAACCAGCGAUGGGUUACUUUCAUAAAACACUCCCCGAAGCCACCGCCAGAGAGAAUAACCUUCACUUUCCCAGUAAUUAACUCAUCGGCAUAUGUUGCACUUGUGGUCACUGGAGCUGGUAAAGCUGGUGCGGUACAUAAGGCUCUAGGGAGUGGACAAAGUUCAUCAGAUAUGCUGCCUGUUGAGAUGGUUUCACUUAAGGAUGGUAAAUUCAGUUGGUUUACAGACAAAGCUGCUGUUUCAUUGUUGCAGGAUAGAGCGAGUCUGUGAUUAUGUCAAUCAAGGAUAAGUUCUAUGAUAGUAGUUAUACUCAGUAAAAUUUCUGCAGGCCAGUUUUAUUCAAAUGCUCUGAAAUAUGCCUUGGCAUAUUACGACUGUAGUUCAUGUGCGGAGAAUAUAAAUGUUUAACUUUGCCUUGUUUUGUUUCAAAUGAUGUUUAUUUGGCAUUCUCUGCAUAAGAAACCACAAUUUGCACUUAUGGCUA